CGUCGAGCGACUUUGCUUUAUUUUGAAAGUCUCUGUCGGACGUGUAUUGUUUUAUAUCUGGUCUCUUGACCGCCGGCGAGUCUUGGAAAGUCUUGAAUGUGACUUGGAGCGCAGUGAGUGGCGAUCAUGUCUGCCGUCACGCGCGGAUUGGAUUUACCUGACUGCACUGUCUUUCCCAACUCCGUCUCCAUGAAAACGCAGUAACGCGGGGCCUCGGGAAUGGCCAAUUCGGGCGCCGUUCAGGUGAAACUCGAACUCGGCCACCGCGCCCAGUUCCGAAAGAAACCCACGGUGGAAGGCUUCACGCACGACUGGAUAGUGUUCGUCCGGGGCCCGGAGCACAGCAACAUUCAGCACUUUGUGGAGAAAGUUGUCUUUCACUUGCACGAGAGUUUCCCGAAACCAAAAAGAGUUUGCAAGGAUCCACCGUACAAAGUGGAGGAGUCGGGAUACGCCGGCUUCAUCUUGCCGAUUGAAGUUUACUUCAGGAACAAGGAAGAGCCGAAGAAAGUCCGUUUCGACUACGACCUCUUCCUCCACCUGGAGGGCCACCCGCCUGUCAAUCAUCUCCGCUGCGAGAAACUCACCUUCAACAAUCCCACGGAAGAGUUUCGGCGCAAGCUCCUGCGAGCCGGCGGGCAACGGGAUCCGCACAAACGCACCUCGGAGGACUCAAAAAGAGAGCAAAUUGAAGAAACCAGGGGACGAGCUAACGGCAGUGGGCCGCUGUUCUUCCGGCAGGUGAUGGUCAUGCAGGAGGGCUCAACGUCCUUGUUUGGGCCGCACAUGAAGCUCCCGACGCUUCCCAACAGCUCCUUGGCGUCCGCCUUCUCUGAGCCAAGGAAGAGCAAAAGCUCCCAUGGGCCCAAGGACGGCUCCAAAGGAAGCGGUGUCAGCCUUCUCACCACGGCCACAACCGCCAGCACCAACAGCAACAGCAGCAGCACCACCAGCUUCUCCAAACUACACAAGCCUUCCAAGGAGCAGAAGGACAAGCCGUCAAAAGACUUGAAAGAGAGCAAAAGUGCCUUCAGAGACACGUGCUGGGUGUCCGGCAAAGCCCCGAAAGAACCUUCCAGAAAACCCAAAGAGAACCAGCCGCUUCAGAAUAGCAACCCUAAAAUGGGAUUCAAGGAACCCAAGUCUUCGUCUCAUCGGGGCGAGGUGUCGCACCACGGGGCGAGCAAGCGACUCUCCGCCCCCGACGGGGACAAUCAUGUCACCAAAAAACGCAAAAGGGGAUUUGGGGAUUUGUCCGGGAAGCAGACAUCUGGCUCCGACGCUCAACAUUCCGACAAGAAAGUUCUGAAGGACAGGCCGCUCGCGCAAAGUGCUAAAUUGCAUCCAGAAGGUGACGACGCGGCGCACCGGAAGGCCUCGGCGCUUCCGCCGUUCCCCGACGCGAUGGACCCCAACGAUUCCGACAUGGAGUCCACCAAGUCGGACUCAGAACAGCCCAGCCCGGCCAGUUCCAGCUCCAGUUCCGGCUUUGCGCCCACACACCACAAACGCCAAGUGGUGGAUUUGAUUGUCAGAAAGCGGGUGGCUAUUCCUGACGCCACCCACACAGUGCUCGGCCCGCUGCAGUCGGUGAUGCGGGAUCUGCACUCGGACGACCACGACGACAAUUCCGAGGACCAGGACGACCUCGACUUGGAUUCCGAGGCCGAGCGGCCGGCGCCCAUCCACGUCUCGCACCACCAACGCAGGGUCAGUUUGAGUGACGGCAGCGAGAGUGACGGCUCCGCCCCCUCGCCGCCUUCGCGCCACGACGCCCCGGCCUUAUUCAAGACCGCAAAUAACCAGGUGCUGGAUGUCAAGAGUCCCAGCAAGCAGGACAGAAGCAAAAAUCUCGAUUGUGACAAGGCCUACCUGGACGAGCUGGUGGAGCUGCACAAAAGGCUGAUGACCUUGAGGGAAGGUCACAUCCUGCAACAGAUUGUCAACCUCAUCGAAGAGACGGGCCACUUCCACAUCACAAACACCACUUUUGACUUUGACCUGUGCUCCUUGGACAGAAGCACAGUCAGGAAGCUCCAGAGUUACCUGGACACCUCCGGACUGUCCUGAAGUUCCGAGCGGCCGGCAGCCUCCUCUCUGGACGUGUCGGUCCAGCUCCGUGUUGUGCUUUGGGGUCGUACCGGAUGCGGUGUCCAAAGUGAAGAGAAGGGGCGGGGCUUAUCGAGCCAUCCGAUAGCCCCUGGGAGCCUCCCCGAAAUGCGGAGUUUUGCCCUGAAUGAAUGUGCGCAUGCCGAGAGUUUCCACGCACGUCCGUCUGGAAGCGCGCGGUCGACACGGCCGCGCGGCGUCUUAUUUAUUGAAGUUCAAUUUGCCCGUGCCUGCGCGUGUGUCGCAAAAGAAAGGCAAGGCCUUUGUUGGAGCACUUGGCAGCGGGCGGAAUCCGACCACAAAAUGCCGUGCCCGGCAGGUGUCGCGCGAUGCUCGAGCUUGUCUUCAAAGUCUGCGUUGACAUCAAGAAAACGCUUGCGAGGUCCGGCUUCGUUUUCCUUUUCGCAGUCGUUCCCCGUCCUGAAAUUUCACCCCAAAGCGCAAAAACCCCGACUUUGGGUGAGUCGUGUACAGGCUCGCGUUUCUUUUGGGGUGCACCAAAAUCCGGGACUGACGAGCUGCUCAGCGGCGGAAAGAAACCACGCCAGCAACUUGAAAAGCAUUCCAAGUCGAGUGCAAGCCGGGCUACUUGGGCCCAACGGCCGCUUCCCGUGCUCCUAUCUCGCUUGGCGGCAAACGCAAGCGUGUCGACUGGCUGAUCGAUGCUGUUGCGGGUGUGUAUGAUGACCGCCAUAUUUAUUUUUCUUUGACUGACAGCCGUGGCCUCCAAAGCUCAGCGUAGAAGGACAAAAUGUCUUUUGUUUUUCUUUUGUAAGUGGAUGGCGGCAGCACGUGGAGGGGC